GGAACACGGAAGCGUGAAAUUGAAAGUAGCGUUGAGCUCUCAGAGCGUAAACAUUGGAAAUGCCACAUGGUGUGUUUGUGUGUGAUUUGUGACACUGAGCUAACACUCGCCAUUCACAUUGUUAUUGUUUAAGAUGCCUUUCAACAGAAAACGACAAGGAUCGGGCCAUGGUCGCAAGCAGUUCAAGAGGAAGAAAUACAAUUUGCUGACGCUUCGCCAGAAUAAAGACCUAAAAGAAUUCGGGGAACUCCAUCCUGUUGAUGAUAAUCCAGCUGCAGUCAAGAAAUACACAAAAGUGCAAGAUACAUCACGUGAAAACCAGGAUACUGCCAUAAGCUCCUCCGAUGAAGACAGCGAGGAAGAGGUGCCAGUUUUGAAACAACUGAUGUUGGAGAUUGGAGUUGAAGAGAAACCGCCUGAGUCUGAAGAAGAGAGUGAUAGUGAUGAUGGUGAAGAGCAGGAGGAGGAUAUUGGUACUGAAGUUGAUAAUGAAGAGGAAGAGGAGGAGGAUGAUUCAGAUGCCGAAAGUGACCAUGAAGGAGAGGAUUUAGCAGAGGAUGGAGAAGCUGAUUCAGGGGACACAGAUAAUAAUGAUGAAGACCAGAAUUCCAGUUUUAAUUUGUCUGAGAAAGACGAGGAGGACAGUGAUGCAGAUCGUAAUAAUUUGAAACACUCAGAUUGUGAGGAUGAAAAGCACACUGAUGAAAUAGGACCAAAGGAAAUCGAUGAAGCAGAGGAUGAAAGUGAUGAAGAACAAGAGGAAGAUGAUUUAUGUCUUAAAGAAUCUGAUCCUUUCACAAAGCACUUUGAAGAAGAGCACGACAUUGAGCGUAUCACUGAGGGCAAUUCUGUCAAGUGGAAAAAGUCUGCUGUGAAGGUACCUGGCCUUGGAGCCAGUACGCUGAUGUAUCAAGAUGCUGACCUAUUGGCUGACGUGAAUGCUGACUCAGAUUUGAAGAAAUUGCACGUCAAGCAAAAACUGAUUGAUCAAAUUGGAGUGGCCAAUGCACAACAUUGCAAUGUGAAUUCAGGAGCACUACGUCCACAACAACACAAGCUUUUUCAAGUGCUCAACUCGUAUCAAGAUUUGCUAUUCCCAAAGCAGACCUUUCACAACACAGAGGAAAUCAGGCUGGUCUAUUGUCUUCAUGCUCUCAACCAUGUUUUGAAAGCAAGGAGUCGUGUAAUGUCCCACAAUGCGAAGAUGAAAGCCAAAAAAAAGGCAGCUGAUGAAGAUGUGGAGUACAGAGAUCAGGGCCUCACCCGGCCAAAGGUACUCAUCCUGCUUCCCUACAGGGACCGAGCGCUCAAAGUGGUGAAAAUGUUCAUCACCCUUCUUUCUUCCUCCAAGGUUAAAGUCAGUAGUCUAAAGAGAUUUGAGAGUGAAUUCUCUGAACUGGAAAAAUCUGGUCUUGCAGAGAAGUCAUACAAACCAGAUGACUUCAAGAAAACCUUUGAGGGUAACACAGAUGACAACUUUCGAGUGGGCAUGAGUCUGUCCAAGAACACAUUGCAUCUGUACAGUCCUUUCUAUGAGUCAGACGUCAUCCUCGCUUCACCACUAGGUCUCAGAGCCAUCAUUGGCCUAGAAGGGGACAAAAGCCGUGACUUUGACUUCUUAUCAUCCAUUGAGGUGCUUCUCGUGGAUCAGACAGACAUUUUCCUGAUGCAGAACUGGGAUCACUUCGCACAUGUCCUCAAGCAUCUACAUUUGCAGCCUCGAGAAUUUCAUGGAGUCGAUUUUUCAAGGGUCAGAAUGUGGGCGAUCAAUGGAUGGAGCAAAUUCUACAGACAGACUGUCAUCUUUUCAAGCGUCAUCCUCCCGGAAAUUUUGACAGUUUUCAACAAAUCGUGUCACAAUUUUGCUGGGAAGGUGAAGGUUCACAGGGACACAGAAAAGGGAACAAUUCAAUCUAGUCUAUAUGAUUCACCUCAGUUCUUCCACCGAGUGGCCUGUGACUCUUUGGAUGGACUUUCACAGAGACAAGCAAAAUUUGAAUAUUUGAAGAAAAAGGUCAUCCCAUACCACACAUCUUCAGGCAUGAAGCAAACCCUCAUCUACUGCAGCUACUUCAGUUUUGUUAUGCUGAGGAACUUCUUCAGGGAAGCGGAGAUUGACUUUCUCUUCAUCAAUGAGUAUGACUCCGAGAAGCACAUGAGGAACGCCCGCAUUCACUUCCGAAAACGACACCCACACUUCAUGCUUUACACUGAGAGGCUCCACUUUCAUUAUCGUUUCCGGCUUCGCGGUAUACAUCACAUUGUGUGGUUUGACCUGCCCCAGUACCCAGCUUUCUACCCAGAGCUGAUCAACCUGAUGGACACUUCACAUCAAGCCUGCACCAGUACAGUCCUCUUUACAAGGUUUGAAGGCCAAAAGUUGAUGGAAGUUGUAGGUAGCAAGCAAGCAGCUCAUAUGAUGAACUCUGAGAAAAAUGUGAACAUGAUCACUGUUUCAUGACAUUUAUGCAUUUUAUAGUCACAGUGCUUUAGCAAUGAAACGUUAGUUUAAUUUUGUGCAAGCAUUCAACAUGGAACUUACGUCACUAAAAACCUUAUUUUAAGACUAGAGUUUUUUAAAAAAUCAAGUUUUGAUGUUGAUACCAAAUUUGUGGAUGAUUGGCAGGUGUUCUAGUGUGGUCUGCUUCUUCUUUCCUAUCAAACAUGUAUUGUCCUUAUCUCUCCUCUUUUGUGGGGGUUUUUACUCACUCGAACACCUCUGAUCUUCCCCACUUAUAAUAUGGCCUGAUUGUUUUGCAAGUGCUGCGAAAUACUUACUAAAAUAAAUAAAACAAAAGAUUCCAAAAUUUACAAUGUGUGAAACUCUUAAGUGGUGGUAAACUAAUGCGGUAUACUCUGAAGAAAGAGGGUAUGUGUGAAGUGAUGGUUGUGAUCUCAGCAACAAAGGCCUUGUCAAGACCUUACUGGAAUGUUUAUGUACAUUGACAGACAGAGGGAUGGAGAUGUAUGCCGGACUUUUUGUAAGAAUGAAAUGAAAGAAAAAAAUAUAUGAAAUUUUCUAAAGAAUAGAAUGUUUGUUUGAUUAGGGAACUUAGUAUUGUAUGGAUGAGUGGUACAUCGCUUGACUUGUACAUCGUUUGAGAGUUGAAGGAUACUUGCAUGUAUGCUAUGUGUUCAAAAAUAUGUCUGACUUCAUAUGGGUUAAGUGAAAAUGUUAGGGAAUGAUGACAGAGAAACCAGUAAAACACAUCCGAACUAGAUUCGGGAUUGCUGGAACUUGCAGCUUCCUAUUCUCUGUCCCAGGUGAGGGAUUUUUUUGUCACCUGUCCAGAGCUGCCAACCUUACACCAAAAAAGCCUAUUUGUAAGCUUUUUCAGCGAUCGUAAGAUUUUACACCACUUUGCCAAAUUGUACAACUUUUUGCUUGAUCUGAUAGACCGUCAAAACAAAAUCUCGCUCCGUUUGCUGUUCCGAUUCGUGACCGCCAGCGGUCCAAUCUAUUAUUAAUAGGCCCCUAUGACAGCAAGUGUACUAUUGGACGAAGACACAAACACCAUCACAGUGACUUCCCUUGUUUGAUUUUCUCCUAAUUUUGUUUUGUUUAGGCCUACUUCCGCCGAAUUCGUGUUGUGUGGUGGUCUGUUCUUUCAAUUUUUACGAGAGUUUUAAUUGUGUGUGCGUGACAAAUAGGGAUAUUUGUUAUAUUGUACUCUUUUUUUUACAAUCUUACAAAUUUUGAGGUAAGAUCUUACACUUUUGUGGCCAGUAGGGUUGGCAGCUCUGCCUGUCAAUGUUGAUUAUUCAGGAACCAAGUUUUACCAGAGUUGUAAUACUCUUAUACAGUGAAAUACAGAUGUUGCAAAGUGGUCAGGCCCAAUUUUCAAUUUCGUUGAAUCUGAAUGUUCAUUACAGCAAUGUGUGCAACAAGUUACGUUGCAGUGUAGGGCCUAGAAUACGGUCACACACCAGUGUACUAUUUGUUACUAAGUUCUUUGUCUAGACUUGUUUGGGGGGGGGGGGAGGUAUGACUAAAACUCUGCUGAUGUUCCACUGUUGGAAUGUUUGUGCCUACUGGGGGAAUCUGUCUCCUUUUGUUGAAUUCCGAGUUUUCAUUGAAUCCAAAUUUUACUGUAUGGCCAUCAUCAUCAUCCAGUGCGAGAUCUGCGAGACAUCAGCUGUCAUGGUUCUCCAUUCCUUUGCUCUCAAAAAAGCUACGUUUCCCUGAUGUUUCCCUGUUACCCAUUUGAUUAGGUUCCCUAAGUAGGUUGUUCUAGACCUACUCCUGCCUCAUUUGCCUUCAAUUUUGCCAGUGAGAGCUAGAUGUUCAAGACCCUUAUGUUUAUUCCUUAUGUAUUGAUGUAAAUAAGCUUCUUUUUUCAGACAUCUUAGAAAGUACUGAGAGAAAGAGCAUCAUACAUUUCAAUUAUUGUUGUUUGAAAUAUUGCUUUGAAUAAAGACAUCAUUUUUGUGUAAAAAUCCUGAUAUGAAUAUACAUUUUUAUCACUGCACUAAA